AUGGCGCCGCUUCCCAUCAAGUUCACAGAAUUGGUCAAUUUGACCAGUGUCGGUAUCGCACCGACAUCUGUCAGUUUCACUUCAUGCACUCUAGAAUCCGAUCACUACGUUUGCGUUCGCCAGAAGCUCGACGAGGAUGAAAAACCACAAGUCAUAAUCAUCGAUUUGAAAAACAACAACAGUGUCAUUAAGCGUCCAAUCAACGCCGACAGUGCGAUCAUGCACUGGAACAAGAACAUUAUCGCUCUCAAGGCCGCAGGACGCACAAUUCAAAUCUUUGACCUCGGCGCAAAAGCCAAGCUGAAGUCUUCGGUGAUGAACGAAGACAUUGUGUACUGGACAUGGCUCAGUGAGACAACUCUGGGUCUGGUUACGGACAAGUCAGUCUUCCACUGGGAUGUUUACGACUCCGCUCAGCAAAACCCGGUCAAAGUGUUCGACCGUCUACCUAAUCUUUCCGCAUGCCAAAUUAUCAACUACCGCGUUAACUCCGAAGAGAAAUGGAUGGUUCUUGUUGGUAUCAGUUCGGCACAAGGUCGUGUUGUGGGUUCCAUGCAGCUCUAUUCGAAGGACCGUGGUAUUUCGCAGUUCAUCGAAGGUCAUGCCGCCGCUUUCGCAACCAUUAAUGUCGAGGGCUCUCCAUUGCCCCACCACCUGUUCUCUUUUGCCGUCCGGACAGCAACUGGUGCGAAGCUGCAAAUUGCCGAGAUCGACCACCGUGAGCCCAAUCCCAAGUUCCAGAAGAAGGCCGUGGAGGUUUAUUUCCCCCAGGAGGCUGUCAACGACUUCCCCGUCGCGAUGCAGGUUUCCUCAAAAUACGAUGUUGUUUACCUCGUAACGAAAUACGGCUUCAUCCACUUGUACGAUCUUGAGAGCGGUACUUGCAUCUUCAUGAACCGCAUUUCCAGUGAAACAAUCUUCACCACAGCUCCUGACGCCGAAGGUGCUGGUCUGGUUGGUGUCAACCGCAAGGGUCAGGUUUUGUCUGUCGGUGUCGAUGAGAACACAAUCAUCGAUUACUUGAUGAGUAACCCUGCGACAUCUUCGCUUGCUGUGAAGCUCGCCUCGAGAGCUGGACUUCCGGGCGUUGAUCACCUCUACCAACAGCAGUUUGAUAACUUCAUUAGCCAAGGCAACUACCCUGAAGCCGCCAAGGUCGCAGCAAACUCGCCGCGCGGGUUCCUCCGCACCCCAGAAACCAUCAACCGCUUCAAGGCUGCACCCCAGACCGGUCAGAUGUCCGUUAUUCUGCAAUACUUUGGUAUGCUGCUCGACAAAGGAUCUCUGAACCGCGUUGAGAGUGUGGAGCUUGUUCGUCCUGUGCUACAGCAGAACCGGAAGCACUUGCUGGAGAAGUGGAUGAGCGAGAAGAAGCUAGAGUCUUCGGAAGAGCUUGGUGAUAUCAUCCGACCUUACGACAUGUCUCUCGCCCUGGCUGUAUAUCUCGAGGCCAAUGUCCCUAACAAGGUCGUUGCUGGCCUUGCUGAGACUGGACAGUUCGAGAAGAUUCUCACCUACUCCAAGCAGGUGGGAUACCAGCCUGACUACACUCAGCUUCUGCAGCACAUUGUACGCGUCAACCCCGAGAAGGGUGCCGAGUUCGCUACACAGCUCGCCAAUGAGGAGAGUGGUGCCCUUGUGGACCUUGAGCGAGUGGUGGAUGUCUUCCUGUCCCAGAACAUGGUCCAACAGGCUACAUCCUUCCUCCUUGAUGCUUUGAAGGAUAACAAGCCUGAGCAAGGCAACCUUCAGACCCGCCUCCUGGAGAUGAACUUGGUCAACGCUCCCCAGGUUGCAGAUGCCAUCCUUGGUAACGAGAUCUUUACCCACUAUGAUCGCGCUCGUGUUGCACAGCUUUGCGAGAAUGCCGGUCUUAUCCAGCGGGCUCUUGAGAACUCUGACGAUCCUUCGGUAAUCAAGCGCAACAUCGUUCGCACAGAUAAGCUUACCGCCGAAUGGUUGAUUUCCUACUUUGGUCGUCUGUCAGUGGAGCAAACACUUGACUGCAUGGACACAAUGCUCGAGUCCAACAUUCGCCAAAAUCUGCAGUCCGUGGUCCAGAUCGCCACCAAGUUCUCCGAUCUACUUGGUGCCAACCGUCUGAUCGAUCUCUUCGAGAAGUACCGCACUGCUGAGGGUCUUUACUACUAUUUGGGAAGUAUCGUCAACCUAAGUGAGGACCCCGAAGUGCACUUCAAGUACAUUGAGGCUGCCACUGCCAUGAGCCAGAUCACCGAGGUUGAGCGCAUUUGCCGCGAGAGCAACUACUACAACCCCGAGAAGGUUAAGAACUUCCUAAAGGAGGCCCACCUGACUGAGCAGCUUCCUCUCAUCAUUGUUUGUGACCGUUUCAACUUCAUCCACGACUUGGUCUUGUACCUGUACCAGAACCAGCAGUUCAAGUCCAUCGAGGUCUAUGUGCAGCGUGUCAACCCUUCGCGCGCUCCUGCCGUCAUUGGUGGUCUCCUGGAUGUCGACUGCGACGAGAGUAUUAUCAAGAACCUCUUGUCUACCGUGGACCCAUCCGUUAUUCCCAUCGAAGAGCUUGUCUCAGAGGUUGAGUCCCGCAACCGCCUCAAGCUCCUUCUACCCUUCCUUGAGGCUACUCUUGCUACUGGCAACCAACAGCAGGCCGUCUACAAUGCUCUUGCCAAGAUUUAUAUCGACAGCAACAACAAUCCCGAAAAGUUCCUUAAGGAGAAUGACAUGUACGAUACCCUCACUGUUGGAAAAUACUGUGAGAAGCGGGAUCCCAACCUGGCAUACAUUGCCUAUAACAAGGGCCAGAAUGACUUGGAGCUCAUCAGCAUUACCAAUGAGAACUCCAUGUAUCGUGCGCAGGCUCGUUACCUCGUUGACCGUGCCGAUCCCGAGGUUUGGAGCUUCGUGUUGAGUGAGAACAACAUCCACCGCCGCUCGCUCAUUGACCAGGUCGUGGCCACGGCUGUGCCUGAAUCCACUGAGCCCGACAAGGUCUCUGUCGCGGUCAAGAGCUUCCUUGAGGCUGAUCUCCCCGGAGAGCUGAUUGAGCUGCUAGAGAAGAUUAUUCUCGAGCCUUCUCCUUUCAGCGACAACGCCAGUCUGCAGAACUUGCUAAUGCUUACUGCUGCCAAGGCCGACAAGGGCCGCCUGAUGGACUACAUUCACCAGCUCAACGAUUUCUCUGCCGAUGAGAUCGCCGAGAUGUGCAUUAGCGUUGGUCUCUACGAGGAGGCGUUUGAGAUCUACAAGAAGGUUAACAACUACCUAGCUGCCGUCAAUGUUCUCGUUGAAAACAUCGUCAGCAUUGACCGCGCUCAGGAGUUUGCCGAGCGCGUUGAACUUCCUGAUGUGUGGAGCAAGGUUGCCAAGGCUCAGCUUGAUGGUCUCCGUAUUUCCGACUCCAUCGAGUCUUACAUCCGUGCUAGUGACCCAUCCAACUACGCCGAGGUGAUUGAGACUGCCACCCAUGCAGGCAAGGACGAGGACCUCGUCAAGUUCCUUCGCAUGGCCCGCAAGACCCUUCGUGAGCCUGCCAUUGAUACCGCUAUCGCCUUCUCCUUUGCCCGUCUGGAUCAGCUUGCCGAGCUUGAGGAGUUCCUCAAGUCCACUAACGUUGCCGAUAUCGAGGCUUCUGGUGACAAGGCAUACGAAGAGGGCUACCACCAGGCCGCCAAGAUCUUCUUCACCACGAUCUCCAACUGGGCCAAGCUUGCUACUACUCUUGUGCACUUGGAGGAAUAUCAGGCUGCUGUCGAGUGUGCCCGCAAGGCUAACAGCGUCAAGGUCUGGAAGCAGGUCAACGAGGCCUGCGUUAACAAGAAGGAGUUCCGUCUUGCCCAGAUCUGCGGUCUCAACCUCAUUGUCCACGCCGAGGAGUUGCAGGCUCUUGUCCGUCAGUAUGAGCGCAACGGCUACUUUGACGAACUGAUUGCCGUUCUGGAGGCUGGUCUUGGUCUGGAGCGGGCCCACAUGGGUAUGUUCACUGAGUUGGGCAUCGCUCUCUCCAAGUACCACCCAGACCGUGUGAUGGAGCACCUGAAGCUUUUCUGGUCUCGCAUCAACAUUCCCAAGGUGAUUCGUGCUUGCGAGGAGGCUAACCUCUGGCCCGAGCUCGUCUUCCUGUACUGCCAUUACGAUGAAUGGGACAACGCCGCUCUGGCCAUGAUGGAGCGUGCUGCCGAUGCCUGGGAGCACCACUCCUUCAAGGACAUCAUCGUCAAGGUUGCCAACUUGGAGAUCUAUUACCGCGCCUUGAACUUCUACCUGCAAGAGCAACCCCUGCUUCUCACUGAUCUUCUGCAAGCCUUGACUGCCCGUAUUGACGUCAACCGUGUUGUGCGCAUCUUCUCAUCGUCGGAUAAUAUCCCUCUGAUCAAACCGUUCCUGUUGAAUGUGCAGAGCCAGAAUAAGCGUUCGGUCAAUGACGCUAUCAAUGAAGUUCUGAUCGAGGAGGAAGACUACAAGACCCUGCGCGACUCUGUUGAUAACUACGACAACUUCGAGUCUAUUGAUCUUGCUCAGCGCCUCGAGAAGCACGAUCUGAUCUUCUUCCGCCAGAUUGCUGCCAGUAUCUACCGCAACAACAAGCGCUGGGAGAAGUCGAUCGCUCUGUCCAAGCAGGACAAGCUCUACAAGGAUGCCAUUGAGACAGCCGCCAUCUCGGCCAAGCCCGAUGUCGUGGAGGAACUACUCCGCUACUUCGUGGACAUUGGCAGCCGCGAGUGCUACGUUGGCAUGCUAUAUGCCUGCUACGAUCUGAUCCGCCCCGAUGUGAUCAUGGAGAUCUCGUGGCGCAAGGGUCUGAAUGACUUCACCAUGCCCUUUAUGAUCAACUUCCUUUGCGAGCAGACUCGUGCCAUUGAGGUGCUCAAGAAGGACAACGAGGAGCGCAAGGCUCGUGAAAAGUCUCAAAACCCUACCGAGGACAACAACGGACCGAUUCUGGGUGGAUCCCGCUUGAUGCUCACCCAGGGGCCUUCCCCUCAAGCCGCUCCCUACGGACAGGCCAACGGCCUCACCCCGCAGGUGACCGGGUACCGCGGGUUCUAA